AUCAUGUUCUGGACCUUGUUCGGGUUGCUAUCUCACGCCAAGCUCGCGGAUUCGGGUUUCGAACUCACCAUCAUGGAAGUGGUUGGCGCGAGCCCUCUCUUCUGGUGCCUCCUCAUUGCGACCUUUUCCAUAGUGCUGCCCUGGCUUCGCCUGCGCAAAGUGCCCGUGCGUUCGGAGCCACUUUCCGAUCACGCCGUCCAGCUUCAUUUCACCGGAGAAGGCCUGCCGCUGUGCGCGGCGGUUCGACUUUCAACCCGUCCUAUGCUCGAAUGGCACGCUUUUGCCACCAUUCCGUUCGACGACGGUGGAGGAUAUUCCGUCAUUGUGUCCAACGCUGGAGAUUGGACGGCUCAACUGCUCGAGUCGUCACCGACACAAAUUUGGGUUCGAGGCAUCCCGACCAUCGGAGUGCUUCAUAUGGCCUCAAUAUUCAAUAAAGUGGUUCUGGUUGCUACCGGGUCUGGGAUCGGCCCCCUGUUAUCGCUGACAAACCAUCGGCACCCUGCUUGUCGAAUUAUAUGGUCAACACCAGAUCCCAUUGCUACAUAUUCCACUUCUAUUGUGACCAAAGUUCGAGAAGCCGACCCGGAUGCGAUGAUCAUCAACACAACGGAGUCUGGCCGGCCUGACCUUGUCAGGCACAUUCAUCGUCUCUAUUCCACGUCAGGUUCAGAAGCCAUCUUUCUCGUCUCCAACCCACAGACGACGAGAAAGGUAGUGUAUGAGUUGGAAUCACGGGGUUUGCCCAUUUUCGCUCCUAUUUUCGACUCGUAG